UGGGGACUGUCAAGAAAACAACAAUGACAAGCAGCAUAGGAAGGAUGAAGCAUCCGACAUGAGAAGUACAAGCCCAGUGAGUGGCACAGCCCCCCUGAGAGGCCAGCAAGCCGGACUCUUCCCGAGCACAGAUGACCUGUGGCUGGCUGGAGAAGUCCGCAGAACUACCAAGUGCCAGAGCAGCCAGCCAAGAUUCAAACGCAGGUCUGUCCCUAUUUGCUCACCAGCCCUGAUGGUGUCGGACCAGGCCAUCAUGUCACAUCUGGGAAUUUUUCCGUGCACACAAGGGGUAAUUCUCAGCCACAUCCUCUGUAUCUGGUAGUCGCAGAUGGAAACAGAAACAGAGAAAAAUGUGAUCCUCGCGCAGGAAAGUUGGAGCACGGUAGAGUUCAGAAGUGGGCGGGUGUGUGUGUGUUUAAAAAAAAAAAAAAGGGUGGAAACCCCACCAGCCAAGUCUGCCGAAAAAAAUAAGUGAAGUCUGCCUAUCUCCGGGCCGGAGCCCCUCCCCUCGGGCCGCGCCAGAGGAGUGUGACCAGGUGCCGCUUCCUCCCCCUGCUGAGGGUCAGGAGCCCGCGAGCGCGACCCUCGCCGCCGCUCCGUCGCGUCCCCUCGUCCCCUCGGCCUCUGCCCGGCCCGCGCCCAGGACCGCCGCGGGAUGAGCAGCCUCAACGGCACGUCGCCGCCCCCCGGCUCCGAGCUAAGCCCAUUGAUAGCCUUCACCGUGAUGGACAUCGCCAUCAUUGCAGGUGUGAUCGCCGCUGUGGCCAUCGUUCUGAUCUCCCUGAUCUUCGUCGUACUAUGCUACAUGUACCGGCACAAGGGCACAUACCAUACCAACGAGGCCAAGGGCACGGAAUUUGCUGAAAGUGCAGAUGCGGCUCUGCAGGGUGACCCUGCCCUCCAGGACGCCGGUGACAGCGGUAGAAAAGAGUACUUUAUCUGAGGGACAUGAGACCUCACCUCCCUGAAUGACUCCUCCGAUUCCAUGAGGGAAAAUGCACCUGCACCCUACCACCACUACCGGCACAACCAAGCAGACCGUGAGAUCACCUGCCUCUUCCCAAGAUACCUGGAACACUAGGUACCUGCCUGGGGAGGAAAAGAGGAGGACCCAAGCUUCAUGAGGCCUCUCCCAGGGACCCAGUGGGGCAGCGGCCACCCAUGAGGCCAGCCUUUGCUCUGCCAGGGAGAAAGAAAGAAUGGGCACACAGGUCUCCCUGCGCAGGAUGUCAUCUCAUUGGCGUGAAAGUUCGUGCUGGGGUGAGUGGGGUGGGUGGUCCAGGGGCUGGGGAAGCAAGGAAGUGAAUCAUCAAUACACUGACUGGGAUAAUGUCAGUCCUUGACAAUUGGGGGGAACAGCAGGUGCCAGAGCUAAAAGGUAUCUUUGUCUCCCAUUGAUCCAGCUCAAAACAAUUGGAAAUAAAUUUGAAAUGUAACUGA